CCGUCCAGACCGGCUCCUUUCGUGAGAAUCGGGACGCGCUCGGAGCUGCAGUCCUGCGGAGUCGGCGCGAGACGCCCGCGGCCGCUGUUGGCGCACGCCGCGCCCUGCUCCCCGGGCACGGAGGCUCCCCGUGGGUUCGCGCAUCCGCCCAGCCUCCGUCUGGCCAGGGGGACCCAGCUGGCGGAGGCUGGGCCGCUGGGGUCCAAGGGGAGGAGCCUUAGCUGCUGCCGCCGUAGCCGCCGCCGCCGCCGCCGCUGGAGAGGAGCAUGGAGAGGAGCAAGAAAGUGAAGAUGGCCACCAAGUCGUGCCCCGAGUGCGACCAACAGGUUCCUGUUGCAUGUAAAUCUUGUCCCUGUGGUUACAUAUUUAUUAAUAGGAAACCGCUAAAAUUAAAACAUUCAGAGAAAUCAUCACCUUUUACAGAAAUGGACUGUACCAUAUCUUUGAAAGAUUUGCGAAUACUAUUUUUAUAUGAAUUUAAACUAGGACAUAGUGCAGCCACAGCAAGUAGAAACAUCAAUUCUGUGUUUGGAGAAGGCUCUGUUAGUGAAAGGACUAUCCGGUGGUGGUUUGAAAAAUUUCGUUCUGGGGAUCUGAGUCUGAAAAAUGAGCCUCGAGGGAGACCCAAAUCUGUUUUAAAUGAAGAUCAGUUGAGAGCCAUGGUGGACGCUAACCCCAAAACAGCAAUUAGAGGCCUUGCAGCCGACUUAGGAGUUUCUGCUACAACAAUUUCUCGACAUCUGGCUGCAAUAGGAAAGGUGAAAAAGUUGGACAAAUGGGUAGGUACCACAGCCACUGAUGGAUAAUCGUAAAUGAAGAUUAUUAGAGAUGUGCUCAUACCUUAGGAUUUGAAAAAGCAGAAACCUAUUCUGGAGGGGAUCAUAACCUUUGACAAAAAAUGAAAAUCAUCUGGAUAAUGGCUGGAUGUUGAUGAAGUUCCCAAACGUGUUAAAACCAUUAUUGCAACCAAAAUAAAGGUUCUAGUAAUGAUGGGGUCUGCAAAGAGAGUAUUUAUUACUUUUAACCCAGCCAAAACUAACAGUAGCAUCUUAUUGUCAAGAAGUUGAAAUUAUGUAUAAAAAUGGAUGUAAAAGCACUCUGCAUUCGUUAACAGACACGGGCCUAUACUUUUGCAUGACCACAUUUGACCACUGAAAUCGCAGACAACCGUAGGGAAUAACUGAAUUGGGCCAAGAACUGAAUUGGGCCAAGCCAUAUCUGUCACACUCACAUGACCUUUUUUCAGCACAUUACCACCUUUUUCAUCAUUUGGAAGUCUAAGAAACAGAACAUUCUCCAAUAGAGAAUAGGGAUUUGAAUAAGUGUUAACAUGCUGAAGUUUAUACAUAUGUAAUUUAAUAUUUGAAGAAGUUUAUCAUUUUGGGAAAGCAGUUAUUGCUAACAGUACAUAUUUUGGUUGAAUAAAACUUUUUCUGAAAAAUA